UUGAGGAAGCAGAACACUGACUUCUGUGCAGUAAAUGGCCGAAGCCGCGACCCAAGGCGAGCCUCGCGGGGAGGUCGAGCGAGGCUACCUGGUGCUCAGCAAGGGCAAGGUGGCCAGUCUCUGUCCAUAACAGAAAGGUGUAAGGUGGUGGUCUCUGCUAUCAACAAGAAAAUGUCUCCCAUUGGUGUUGUUGCCUUCCUGACUCUUCUGGUUCAGGCACACGGCCAGAUCCCGUAUGAAACUCAUCCGUCUUACUACCCGCAGCCGGUGCAUCCCGUUACCGAGACGGUGACAGUGACAGAGACUCAAACGAUUCGCGUCCCCGUGACGUCAGAUAUCUGGGUGAGCACAGCGACUCCUUACACUGUGCGGGUGACGAGUCUCGCGACUGAUUACACCUUCGUGCCCGCCAACGCUGAGACCGUCACUGCCGUCGUUGCCGUCACAAACACUCCGAUCUCCGUUGUGCGCGAGACGAGCUGCAUCAACCCAGUGCGGACGGCAGUGUCUGUGUACACUACUUUCUUGACGGAGACGGAGAGGAAGGACUUGUACCACACCGUUACCCACGUCGAUGUGCAUCACGAGAUCAACACCGUGGCUGUGCCGUCUGUCCAGACCCUUGUACAGAGGGCUACCACCACCACCAUCCAGUUCACCACUGUCACCGUCACCUCCACUACUUUUGGCUACUACCAUUAAAUUGAAGUGGUUAGACAUGAAAUUGUGUUGAUAUUUCUAAUGUCUAUCAGUAAAAAUAAAGUCUUACUCUACUGAA